AUGGCCGAGAGCUGUGAAGUACUACAUUCCUUCUCCUGCUCCAUAUGCCUGGAUGUUUUGAAGAAUCCUGUGACUCUUCACUGUGGCCACAGCUACUGUAUGGACUGUAUAAAUGGCUGCUUCGACCAGGAGCAUCAGAGUGGUAUUUACAGCUGCCCACAGUGCAGACACACUUUCAACCCAAGACCCGUCCUCAAGAAAAACACAGUGCUGGUUGAUUUGAUGGUAAAAAUGUCUGUGAGAGAACAAUCCAACAUGCGAGUGAAGGAUGAAGCAGGACCAGGGGACGUGGAGUGUGAUUUCUGCACUGUGACGAAGCUGAAAGCUGUUAAGUCUUGCCUGGUAUGUCUGGCAUCUUACUGUGCCACUCACUUGCAACCUCACUAUAAGUCUGCUGCGUUUAAGAGGCACAAGUUGGUCGAAGUGUCAGCUUCCAUACAAGAGAAGAUCUGCUCCAAGCACGACAAGCUACUCGAAGUCUACUGUCGCAGUGAUGGGCAGUGCGUUUGUCUCCUUUGUGUGAUGGACGAACAUAAAGGCCAUGACACUGUCUCGGCUGCAGCAGAGAGAAAAAAGAAGCAGAAACAACUUGGAAAGAAGAAACAAAUAAUCCAGCAAGGCAUUCAAGAAAAAGACAAGCAGCUCCGGCAACUAAGACAGAAAACUAAAGGACUGAAGGCUUCAAGUGAUGCAGCAGUUGCUCAGAAUGAGAAAGCCUAUGCUGAGAUUGUUCUGAAGGCAGACAAAAGGCGCUAUGCCGUGAACGAUCUGAUCAGAGAUCAGGAGAAGGCCGCGUUGAGUCGCGCUGGGGAGCUUGUGGAUCGGCUGGAGAAGGAAAUCAGUGAGCUGAGGAAGCGAGAGGACCAACUGAAGCAGCUGUCGCUCACUGAAGAUCACAUUAAUUUCCUGCAGCACUGCCAGGCCAUUUUUGACUGUACAGACCCUGAUCUGUCUUCUGAUGUGAACAUCCAACUGCACACACCUUUCGACUUUGUCACAAAAGCUAUUUCUGACCUAAAAGACAAAAUGGAAAGCGUGGCCAAGAGCAUUGCGCAAAUAUCUGAGACAAUUGAAGUUGAUCCUGAUCCCAAGACAAGAGAGGAGUUUUCUAUGUAUUCCUGCUGCAUAACAUUGGAUCCCAACACAGCAUUUGAAAACCUGUUGCUCUCUGAUGGAAACACCAAAGUAACCUGGGCUAAAAACCCCCAGAGGUACCCUUACCACCCAGAUAGAUUUACCAAAUAUGAUCAAGUGUUGUGCACUGAGGGUUUAUCUGGUGCUUGCUACUGGGAGGUUGAAUGGAAAGGGCCACGGGUUGAGGUAGCCCUGUGCUAUAAAGGAACAGAGCUGGAAGAAAGUGGCUUCGGCUACACCGACCAGUCCUGGUGCAUUUCUCUUUCUAGUUCCUGUUGCGCUUUUUGGCACAAUGAAGUCAAAACUAGAAUACCCGUCCCCUGUUCCUCUACAGUGGGAGUGUAUUUGAACCACAAGGGAGGGAGCCUGUCCUUCUACAGCGUGUCUGAUUCUGGUCAAAUGGUGCUCGUUCACAGAGUUCAGACCACAUUCUCCCAGCCUCUGUACCCUGGGUUCAUGGUCUGCAGAGGAGCCUCAGUUAGGAUAAUCACACCAGACAAGAAGAUCCCAAGUUUGACUCCACCAUCUGGCCAGGACCUUUUUGUGUGGAGUUGUCAUGUUCUCUGGCGGGUCUGUGAGGAACGUAUCCUGCUGUACACCCACUUCCUGAGGAAGAAGUGCUCUGAGAUGAGAGAGAAAGUUGGAGAGGCUGAGAAAGCUGGAGUGGACUGGACCGAACACCACCUCGGGCAGCUGAAGCGUGAAGUGUUUGAGUUAAGGAGGAGAGAGAGUAAAAUCUGUCAGCUUUCACAAACAGAGGAUCCCAUUCAGUUUCUUCAGGGCUUCCAAACCCUGGGUGACCUCCCUGUGCUCACAGACUCACACAGAGAGCUUGACAACCUGACAAAGUUUGUCACUGCACAAAAGAAUAAAAUGAAAAAGAUGAGCGACGAAGAAAAAAACAAUCUAAUGGAUUAUUCUGGAAAAAACAUCAUGUCAAGAAGGACAAGGCCGCAGGAGGGACGGACAAGGACAGAACUUCUGAUGAAAUAUAAGAACUCCAAAAUCGAGGUGGAUCCUGACAUUGUAGCAGCUUGUCUUUACCUCUCUGAUACAAAGAAAGAGAUAUCAUGGUGUGGCAAGGACCAGGCUCAUCCAGAUCACCCUGACAGAUUCACAUACUUUUACCAGGCUCUGUGUAAAAAUGGCCUCAGAGGAAACCACUACUGGGAGGUGGAGUGGGAUGGUGGCAUAGUUGAGGUGGCUGUGUCGUACAGAGGGAUAGGAAGAAAGGGUUCAGGGAAAGAUUGCUGUUUUGGCCACAAUGCUCUGUCCUGGAAAUUAAUCUGCUCUCCUUCUGGUUGCACGUUCUGGCACAAUAAUCUUCACAAAGGUCAAAUUCCUCCGGCUGUCUCCUGCAAAGUAGGGGUACACCUUAAUUAUGAAGAGGGAUCGCUGGCUUUUUACAGCGUAUCUGGGGUUGAAAGUUUGACACUGCUGCACCAAAUCCAGACAACCUUCACUGAGCCCCUCUAUCCCGGGUUUUCUGUGGAUCUUGGUGCAACACUGAAAAUAAGCAACAUCUAGCUGGCACGGCUGGCUGCCUUAACCCAAUUUCCCUCGGUUGACAAAGUGAUAAAAAUAAUCUCUGAGUACUUUUUUCUCAGUUAAAAAUCAAGAAUCGAACAGUAAACAAUUACCUUUCCUUUUAUUAUCCAUCUUUUUUCUUUUAAAUAGUAGUAAAACUGCAUCAAAACACUGAUUGAUCAACUUUCUUUACCUUUUCCCCCUUUCAAGUAAAUAAAUUGAUACUUUUAAGACAUUAAGACAUAUUUGAUAAUAAACAUAACAUGAGCAAUUCAGCUACUUCAGUGUCCAAAUAGCGGGAAAAGUGAAAGUGGCUUGGGUGGAAUUAGUCGCAAGGGAAAUCCAAAUAGCUCGACACAAAUAUAUGAAUAUUUCUGAGGUUUCUGCUGUGCGAGUUAAACAGUGGAUAUUUUUUAAGUCUUUCCCAAGAUGGUUGUUAAAUGUAAAAUCUGACAUUUGGCACUUUUUGAUGACUCUUACCUCGUUAGUUUUUAUAUCAAGAUGUAAAAUGUAAUAACAGCUCAACUCCCUGAGAGUUUAGAAGAGAAUUCAUAUUAUUCGGCUUCUUCUUGUGACUAAAAUCCUCCAUAUUUGCAGUUUUGUGAAAGACUUGAAUAAUACAAAACACAUAAUAAACAAUGUAACAUGCCUUUUUAGUGUUUCAUUUUAAGGCUGAUUUUGCAGCUUCCUUUAUGCCUAAACCUGAGCCCAAAGAGACUUUGAGAGGAUGAUUUCUCUGUAACUUAAGUCUCAUUUAUGCUGCAUUUAUAUUUAGAGCUUUAAACAUAGAGGGUGAGUCUUUUUGAGUUUAUUGUGUUGUAAGGUAGAGGAACAAAAUGAAAACAAGCUUUUGUUUGUUUUAAAGCGAUGCUCAACUGACUCAAAGUAAAGGAUUGCUUUUUCUGAAAUGACUCAAAUGAAGGAUCAUGAUAAUAAUUUAUUGUUUACUGAUUUUAAUAAACUAUAAUUUACCUGUUUUGAUGAGGUAAUAUUACAGUAUACUCUUACAUUCAUGUUUGCACGAAUAAAAUAAAGUUGUGAUGA